GGACACAGGGACAUCAAGCCGCACAAUUUGCUGCUGGAUCUUCAGACGUGCGUGCUCAAGGUCUGCGAUUUCGGAUGCGCCAAGCACUUGAACGAAAGCGAAACCUCCAUCUCCUACAUCUGCUCCAGAUACUACCGCCCUCCAGAACUCUGCAUGGGCGCCACUCAAUACGGCGUCUCCAUCGAUAUGUGGAGCGCAGGAUGCGUGGUGGCGGAGAUGUUCCUUGGCGAGCCAAUCUUCCGGGGUUCUUCCCGCGAGGACCAGAUGGUGGAGAUCAUCAAGGUUCUUGGCACGCCAAACAAGGAACAAAUGCGAGAGAUGAAGGUUUACGAGCCGCCUUUCCGGCUUCCCAAAAUGGAACGCGUUUCAUGGACAAAGGAUUGUGCGCAGAAAUCAGAGACAUCCUGUAAAAACAACGUGUUCCGCCACGCACGAACACCGCCGCCGCGGGAAGGCUUGGAGGUGGUCAACCAGAUCUUGCGCUACACUCCGCCGCAUCGUCUGACUGCUUCGGCGACCCUGGGUCAGACCCUGGGUCACUCCUUCUUCGCUGAACUUCGUCUGCCCGAAACAAGGUUGCCCAGUGGAAUGACUCUUCCGAAGUUAUUCAACUUCACAGAAGAC